AUGGCGCCCCUCGACCAACCGAAGAAUGACGAGCUCUCUUCUCGGGUCUUGCAGCAUUUGUCACACACUCGGUAUGCUUGCUCGUCAUUGACCCGGUUAAGCAGCGGUACCACCAACUUCGUUUUCCGGGGCAUCCUCGCUCAGCCCUUCCUCCGCUACCAGGACGGAAUGACAGCAUUAGCCGCCCACACCAUCAUCGUCAAGCACUCCACAGACUAUGUGGCCGUCAAUCGGGAUUGCCCUCUUGACGUGUCCCGUUGUUUCUUCGAGGAAUACAUGCUCAACUCCCUUCAAAAUUCAUCCUCGACGUCUACAUCAGUCAAGACACCGCGUCCUUUCCUGUUUGAUCGGGAGACAAACGCCCAGGUCUUGGAAGAUGUCCCCGACUCGGUCGAUCUAAAAUCAAUUCUCGUUUCACCCGAGGCCAAUCACCUCCUCAUCCGGCCCCUCGCAACAUGCAUUGGCCGCGAUAUGGGAACUUGGCUCCGGUCCUUCCACGAUCAGUGUUUGGCGCCUGCGCAAGCUGACCUUCGAGCAGAGAUUGGGCGGAAUGAGCCGAUGAGGUUGAAGUAUCUUAUCACAUAUCAUCGUUUCAUCGAGGUGCUCGAGAACUUCCCGAAAGUUCUGGAGGGGUGCAGGAAGACGUUAGAAGAUGGCAAGGGCAUGGCGGCAAGGGAGUUUGAAAUAUGGGCGACAGAGCCCGAUGAGGGACGCGGGGACUGGGGAGUAAUACAUGGGGAUUUCUGGUCUGGGAAUGUCCUGGUACGGAACCCAAAGUCAGAAACGCAGCAGCCAGAAGGAACCAACGAGCUUUUCAUCAUCGACUGGGAGUUCGCCCAGUUCGGCCAUCGAGCCUACGAUCUCGGCCAAAUGAUCGGCGACCUUUACGAGCGGAAGCACUUUAACGAUGUCGACAGCGCCAUGUGGGCUAUGCAGGGGUUUAUAGACGGACGGCCGGUCCAUGCGGGCGUACACCUUACCGGUUGGUACACUCGCCGUGCUCCGAACGAUUCCCUGACAGGUACUCCAGAGCAGAUUGUAGGUGCGAUGGAGCUUGGAAGGGACUUCAUUGUGAAGGGGUGGGAGAAGGACAAGAAUUGGGUUGAACACAGCGUGCUGGCGCCUUUGUUCAAGGAAAGCUAGACUAACUUAUAAUUCGACCAUUCGGUCUUCAGAGGAAACCGUGCUUCGCACCUGAAUGGCAACAUAUCUCCUUGAUAGUCCC